AUGUUUCCCACCGCAGACACUAUCGGUCUUGUGGAUCGUAAAGAUUCUCCGGAUGUGGUGGAGCGUCUGGCCAAACAGAUCAUUGAGCAAUCUGCGAAACGUCCGUCUUACAGCCGCCGACGUCCAUUUGAUGCGGACGCCGACAUUGACUACAUCAACGAGCGUAACAAACGCUAUAACGAGUUGCUUGAUCGUCAUUACGGGAAGUAUACAGCAGAAAUCAAACAGAAUCUGGAACGUGGUACGGCCGUGUGA